GUCAUAGACAAUUCUCUCUCUCUGAGUCUCUUUCCGUAUUUUGCUUUUCAAAUUUGCAGAAUUCGAGAAAGCUUCGGCUAUGGCGGCUUCAUCUGCUAAACCCUUUAUCGUACUUCGUGUUCCUUCUGAUAUUUCCUCACAAUCUUCUACGCGAUCUUCGUUUGUUACUCUGUUAAAGCCUUGGUCCUCUAUUUCCUUAAAGUCAUCUUCUUCUCGAUCCCGAUCUGCGACUCAAGUAGUCAGAAAUGCACUAGAAACACUAGAAUCUAAAGGAAGCUUGGCGUCCAAAGGGUCAGGCCUGGAAGCUUCGUCGUUGGGGACUAAACCGACGAUUCUGGUUUCCGAGAAGCUUGGGGAAGCGGGAUUGGAGCUGCUCCGGAGCUUCGGAAACGUUGAUUGCUCGUAUAAUUUGUCUCAAGAGGAUCUUUGCUCCAAGAUCUCCCUUUGUGAUGCUUUGAUCGUUAGGAGUGGGACGAAGGUGACCAGGGAAGUUUUUGAGGCUUCUAAAGGGAGGUUGAAGGUCGUUGGGAGAGCUGGUGUUGGGAUCGACAAUGUGGAUCUGCAGGUGGCUACGGAGUUUGGUUGUCUUGUGGUUAAUGCUCCCACCGCUAAUACUGUUGCUGCUGCUGAGCAUGGGAUUGCUUUGCUUGCUUCCAUGGCGAGAAAUGUCGCUCAGGCUGAUGCCUCCAUGAAAGAGGGAAAAUGGCAACGGAACAAGUAUGUUGGUGUAUCUCUGAUUGGAAAGACAUUGGCUGUAAUGGGUUUUGGAAAGGUUGGAUCUGAAGUUGCUAGACGUGCAAAAGGUCUUGGGAUGAAUGUUAUUUCACAUGAUCCAUAUGCCCCAGCAGAUAGAGCCCGUGCUAUUGGUGUGGAUCUGGUAUCUUUUGAUGAAGCCAUUGCCACAGCAGAUUUUGUCUCUCUGCAUAUGCCACUCACUCCUGUUACUUCAAAAAUCUUCAAUGAUGAAGCCUUUUCAAAGAUGAAGAAGGGAGUCCGCAUCAUUAACGUUGCCAGAGGUGGAGUUAUAGAUGAAGAUGCACUCGUGAGAGCACUUGAUAGUGGAGUUGUUGCCCAGGCAGCACUUGAUGUGUUCACAGAGGAGCCUCCUCCCAAAGACAGCAAGUUGGUGCAACAUGAGAAUGUCACAGUUACACCUCACCUUGGAGCUAGCACAAAAGAAGCUCAGGAAGGGGUGGCUAUUGAAAUAGCUGAGGCUGUAGUUGGAGCAUUGAAAGGGGAACUUUCUGCAACUGCAGUGAAUGCUCCCAUGGUCCCUCCAGAGGUUCUGUCCGAGCUGUCCCCAUAUGUUGUGCUGGCAGAGAAGCUUGGUAGGAUGGCUGUGCAGUUAGUGGCAGGAGGUGCUGGCAUCAAAUCUUCCAAAGUUAUAUACAGAUCAGCUCGAGAUCCAGAUGAUCUUGACACCAGACUACUUCGGGCCAUGAUCACCAAAGGCAUCAUUGAGCCAAUAUCCAGUACUUUCAUCAACCUGGUCAAUGCUGACUUCACGGCAAAGCAAAAGGGCCUCCGGAUCAGUGAAGAGCGGGUGGUUGUUGAUGCAUCCCCCGAGUGUCCUGUUGACUCAAUUGAACUUCGCAUAUCCCAUGUCGAGUCUAAAUUUGAUAGUGCUCUCUUGGAUAAUGGUGAGAUAACAGUAGAAGGGAGAGUGAAGGGAGGAAUGCCACACCUGACGCGCAUUGGGUCAUUCAGCGUUGAUGUCAGUCUUGAGGGGAACCUCAUACUCUGCAAGCAAUUGGACCAACCUGGCAUGAUUGGACGAGUUGGGAACAUCCUGGGUGAGAAAAAUGUUAAUGUGAACUUUAUGAGUGUGUGUAGAACAGCAGCAAGGGAACUGGCCAUAAUGGCGAUUGGUGUAGAUGAGGAACCUGAUAAGGAGACCCUCAAGAAGAUUGGAGAGGUACCGGCUAUUGAAGAGUUUGUUUUCCUCACGCUGUAGGGUGAGACGAAGGUCGUCAGCAUUCUCUAAAAAAUGCUCACCUGAUUUUUGCAGUGGGCGAGUUAGAAAAUAAAAUAGAAUAAGAGUGCUAUGCCGCAAAGAGGAAGACAGCAUUGAGGUUCUUCCUUUUCCUGGUGCACUCCUGUCGCUUUGCUAUGUAAAAGGCUUGAGGAAGAAGUUAUUUUUCUAGUUCUGUACUCAGGUGGCGGGGUCUCCAUGGUGGUGUUGAAGUCUGUUGUAGUUGUAAUUGUAAUUGUCUGCUUAUUUCUAUUGUGAGCACUGGCCAUUACCAAAA